AUGUCAAACAAAGCUAUCGAUCUGGGGUCAUCUGUUGAUGAAUGCAAGACUGAGGCCUCAAAAUCAGCAGCUGAGGAGAUUCUGAAAGGCAUUGGAGACCAGAGCAUAGUGGAUUACAAGAGGAACCAGCUGCCAUUGCAAGGUGAACACUGGAAACAAUUAGCUAAGCUAGAGAAAGAGGAGUGCAGGUUAAAAGACUUCAGAGAAAACAGACUAGAAGAAUACAAGGCCAAACUCCAGAAGAAUCAACUGAACAUUAGAAGAGAGCAGAGCAAGUACAAGACUACCAAAGCUAUGGCAAGCUUUCUAGGAUUCCUGGCAACAACCGAUAAAGAGGAAAAGGCCUUAUUUCUGAAAUGGUUGCAACUCAAGCUUGAUAUGCGAUCACGGAAAGACUUGGCAUCUCUGCGCAACAGAUUCAAAGAACGGUCUUUGGUGAAUCAAGAUAAUAAAUGUUUGGAAGUGCUAGAUCAAUGUCUUUUGGACUCGUCUCUGGGAGUCGAACAUUUCAUGAGAGAGAUGGGACAAAUCUAUGAGGCGUCCAGGCUUGGAGAUCCCAAAGCAUCAGCAGAACAUUGCCCUCUCCCUGCCCUGGCAGCCGAGCUGCUGUUGGAUGGCUAUCCAUUUGAGCUUUUGGAUGGAGAUGCCUCCAACAUCCCAGAGAAGUGGGUGACAGAUGUCCUGAUGGAGCUUCACAGAAAGGUGGGAGAGAAAAGCAAGCUGCUAGUACUAACUGUAUUGGGGGUACAGAGUACAGGAAAAUCAACGCUGCUCAACACCAUGUUUGGUGUGCAGUUCCCCGUAAGCAGUGGCAGAUGCACAAGGGGAGCAUUCAUGCUUUUCCUCAGGGUGGGAGAGGAUAUGAGGGAAGACCUGAGUUGUGACUUCAUCCUUCUAAUCGACACAGAGGGCCUCAAGUCACCAGCUCUAGCACAACUGGAUGAAAGCUGUGAACGCGACAAUGAGUUGGCAACUCUAGUGAUCGGUCUUAGUGAUAUCACAAUCAUCAACAUUGCCAUGGAGAACUCAACAGAGAUGAAUGACGUCCUGCAGAUAGCUGUUCAUGCCUUCUUAAGGAUGAAAGAAGUUGGGAAAAUGCCAGUUUGUCAUUUUGUGCACCAAAAUGUGGCAGGAGUGUCUGCACACAACAAAAAUGUGACGGACAGAAAAUAUAUUCUGGACCGACUCAAUAAAAUGACACAGAUUGCAGCUGAGAUGGAGAAGCGGCCCUCUGUAAAUAAAUUCACUGAUGUACUGGAUUAUGAUGCAGACAAAAACAACUGGUAUAUUCCUAGGCUGUGGCAUGGCACUCCACCAAUGGCACCUGUCAAUACAGGUUACAGUGAAGCUGUUUUGGAUCUCAAGAAGAACCUUCUAGAAGUUCUUAAAACAUGCAGAUAUGAGGAACUUUCACAGAUCCCAGAAUUCAUUGAAUGGAUGAGGAGUUUGUGGAAAGCUGUGAAAUAUGAGAAUUUCAGUUUCAGAAAUACUCUUGUUGCUCAAGCAUAUGACAACCUCUGGAAAGAAAUGAUGGAAUGGGAGUGGGAAUGCCGAAAGAAAAUCUAUACAUGGCAGACUAAUGCAGACCUACAGAUCUCAAACAUUGAGGUAAACAGCUUUGACAUCCAAGACUUCCAGAAAUUGGAGGAAUCUUUUAAAUCUGAGGCAUUGAAAAUGGUGGCAACUCUGGAGAAAGAGAUGACAGAGAAACUGUAUGCAUACUACAAAAGGAAAGACAAAAAUGUAUCUCUGAUAGAAAAGAACAAAAUUGAUUUCUUUCAUCAUAUUCGAGAUGUUCACAGAGAUAUCUUAAACACGGAGAAUAAAAAACUUAACAUGGCCGUAAAGCUUAAGCUAAGUACGAUCAUGGCAGAUGACAUUCAUAGAAAACAGAAAGUCAGGAUUGAACAGAAGGUAUCGCAGCUCCUGCAAAACUCCAAUGACAGCAAAACCCCACUCUCAGACGAGCAGCUGAAAGAUGAGUUUGGGAAGAUGUGGAGCCGAGAAAUAGUGAAGAUUUCAGGGUUGGAAGAGCGUGACAUACCUUCUUCUGUUUUCAAGCAGUUGAGAGACGCUUUCUCAAAUCGCAAUGUGAAUGAGGAGUUUCAAAAUGUAGAGAAUCUGACAGCCUACGGCAAGGAGCCUUUCAAGGCCAGAGACAGACACAUUUGUACCAUGACACAUUUCAAACUGAAAAUGAUGUUUGCAAAAGAAAAGGCUAAAGAAAGUUUGCAGAGAUUUUCAGAGAGCGUUAUUGAUACCUGCACAAGGUUUAUCGUAGAUUCCACAAAAUCACAAACAGAUUACCAUGACUGUCUUACAAAAGAAGUUAUUGAGAAGAUAAACGAAUCUCUGAUAGAGAACUACAAGGACCUAAAAACAAAUACAAAGUUUGAGGUUGACCUGAAACUGCACAUAUGUGGUAUUGCCUCAAGGGAAUUCCUUCAUAUGCACAGGAAUUUCCUUCUUCGCAAAGAUCCUCAAAAGCGUCUGGAGGAGUCCAGGAAUCAGUACUUGUCUGAUUUCAUAGACGUAUACAGAAAGAGAGACCAUUGCCGACGCAAAGCACAGGAUUUCGCUCAGCACGGUCUCCGACCAGCGAUCUUACAACACAUCAAUAGGUUCCUUGGGACUGACAUUGUAGAUGAAAUGGUGAAAAGUAGCCAUGCAGCAGAGUACAGCUCACGGUCAUCCUUCCAGUACUCUAUCCUCAAGGAGCUGCUGGAAAAAGAUGACUUUCAGGCCUUUGUCAAAUACUUUCAGACGUACGAGAUCUAUGUUAAAGAUUUGAUAUGCCAGCACAUUAAAGAAUGCUUUUCAGCUGAGAUGUCUUUUGUCAUGUUGAAAAACAAGAGGCUGAAGGAGAUCAUUCAAAAGAUAAAGGAGGCCAUUGAAAAAGCUAGCCAACCUCUGCCCAAUGACACUACAAGUGUCACAGAGUUUCUGAAAAACCUGUGCAAAUAUCUUGUCAAAGACAUCUCCAUAUCCAUGGACGCUGUGGACGGGUUCCUCUUUCAGAUGACUACUACCUGCGAUCCUUUCACCACGAGUCUCCAAGAGUCACUGAGUGACUUGAAGCAGCAAAUGGAAGAUGAAUUCUCGAAAUCCACUGACGUCAUCGAAUCCCUUUACACCCUUCCCAUCAAACCUCAGGACGAGUUCUUCAAGCGGGUGUCGGGUUGUGCGAAGCAGUGCCCCUUCUGCAAAAUGCAGUGUGAUGCUGGAGGUAAACAGCACAGAGAGCAUCACGCAAAUGCACAUCGGCCACAAGCACUGGGCAGCUACAGAAAUAGUCACACUCAAGAACUUGUUGAAACACUUUGCACAACUGAUGUACACAGUGAAAGAUCGUUCAGAUGUGAAGCCACUGACUGGGAGUUACACCCUUACAAAGACUAUCGUACCUAUUUCGCAGACUGGAACAUCCAACCAGACUCAACUGAUGAGGCUUCUGACUACUGGAAAUACGUCCUGGUGACAUACAAUGACAGGCUGGCUGUGAAGCACAAUGCCAAGCCAGCUGUGAUUCCAGAGGCAUGGAAGAGCAUCACAAAAGCACAAGCGCUGGAGGGAUUGAAGGUAGCUUUCAGUAUAAAACAGUAG